AUGAACGGCUGCGCAGGAACGGCUGCGCAGGAACGGCUGCGCAGGAACGGCUGCGCAGGAACGGCUGCGCAGGAACGGCUGCGCAGGAACGGCUGCGCAGGAACGGCUGCGCAGGAACGGCUGCGCAGGAACGGCUGCGCAGGAACGGCUGCGCAGGAACGGCUGCGCAGGAACGGCUGCAAACGGCUGCGCAGAAACGGCUGCGCCGAAACGGCUGCGCCGAAACGGCUGCGCCGAAACGGCUGCGCCGAAACGGCUGCGCCGAAACGGCUGUGCAGAAACGGCUGCGCCGAAACGGCUGAGCCGAAACGGCUGCGCAGAAACGGCUGCGACGAAACGGCUGCGACGAAACGGCUGCGCCGAAACGGCUGCGCCGAAACGGCUGCGCCGAAACGGCUGCGCAGAAACGGCUGCGCCGAACCAGCUGCGCCGAAACAGCUGCGCCGAAACAGCUGCGCCGAAACAGCUGCGCAGAAACAGCUGCGCAGAAACAGCUGCGCAGAAACAGCUAGGCAGAAACAGCUGCGCAGAAACAGCUGCGCAGAAACAGCUGCGCAGAAGCAGCUGCGCAGAAACAGCUGCGCAGAAGCAGCUGCGCAGAAGCAGCUGCGCAGAAGCAGCUGCGCAGAAGCAGCAGCGCAGAAGCAGCUGCGCAGGAGCAGCUGCGCAGGAACAGCUGCGCAGGAACAGCUGCGCAGGAACAGCUGCGCAGGAGCAGCUGCGCAGGAACAGCUGCGCAGAAGCAGCUGCGCAGAAACAGCUGCGCAGGAACAGCUGCGCAGGAACAGCUGCGCAGGAACGGCUGCGCAGGAACGGCUGCGCAGGAACGGCUGCGCAGAAACGGCUGCGCAGGAACGGCUGCGCAGGAACGGCUGCGCAGGAACGGCUGCGCAGAAACGGCUGUGCAGAAACGGCUGCGCCGAAACGGCUGCGCCGAAACGGCUGCGCCGAAACGGCUGCGCCGAAACGGCUGCGCCGAAACGGCUGCGCAGAAACGGCUGCGCAGAAACGGCUGCGCCGAAACGGCUGCGCCGAAACGGCUGCGCAGAAACGGCUGCGCAGAAACAGCUGCGCCGAAACAGCUGCGCAGGAACAGCUGCGCAGGAACAGCUGCGCAGAAACAGCUGCGCAGAAGCAGCUGCGCAGAAACAGCUGCGCAGAAACAGCUGCGCAGUAGCAGCUGCUCAGAAGCAGCUGCGCAGAAACAGCUGCGCAGAAGCAGCUGCGCAGAAGCAGCUGCGCAGAAGCAGCUGCGCAGAAGCAGCCUCGCAGAAGCAGCCGCGCAGGAACAGGUGCGCAGGAACAGCUGCGCAGAAGCAGCUGCGCAGGAACAGCUGCGCAGGAGCGGCUGCGCAGGAGCGGCUGCGCAGGAACGGCUGCGCAGGAACGGCUGCGCAGGAACGGCUGCGCAGGAACGGCUGCGCAGGAACGGCUGCGCAGGAACGGCUGCGCAGGAACGGCUGCGCAGGAACGGCUGCGCAGGAACGGCUGCGCAGGAACGGCUGCGCAGAAACGGCUGCGCAGAACGGCUGCGCAGAAACGGCUGCGCAGAAGCGGCUGCGCAGAAGCGGCUGCGCAGAAACGGCUGCGCAGAAACGGCUGCGCAGAAACGGCUGCGCAGAAGCGGCUGCGCAGAAGCGGCUGCGCAGAAGCGGCUGCGCAGAAGCGGCUGCGCAGAAGCGGCUGCGCAGAAGCGGCAGCGCAGAAGCGGCUGCGCAGAAGCGGCUGCGCAGAAGCGGCUGCGCAGAAGCGGCUGCGCAGAAGCGGCUGCGCAGAAGCGGCUGCGCAGAAGCCGCUGCGCAGAAGCGGCUGCGCAGAAGCGGCUGCGCAGAAGCGGCUGCGCAGAAGCGGCUGCGCAGAAGCGGCUGCGCAGAAGCGGCUGCGCAGAAGCGGCUGCGCAGAAGCGGCUGCGCAGAAGCGGCUGCGCAGGAGCGGCUGCGCAGGAGCGGCUGCGCAGAAGCGGCUGCGCAGAAGCGGCUGCGCAGAAACGGCUGCAAACGGCUGCGCAGAAACGGCUGCGCAGAAACGGCUGCGCAGAAACGGCUGCGCAGAAACGGCUGCGCAGAAACGGCUGCGCAUAAACGGCUGCGCAUAAACGGCUGCGCAGAAGCAGCUGCGCAGAAGCAGCUGCGCAGGAACAGCUGCGCAGAAACAGCUGCGCAGGAACAGCUAGGCAGAAACAGCUGUGCAGAAACAGCUGCGCAGAAACAGCUGCGCAGAAGCAGCUGCGCAGAAACAGCUGCGCAGAAGCAGCUGCGCAGAAGCAGCUGCGCAGAAGCAGCUGCGCAGAAGCAGCUGCGCAGAAGCAGCUGCGCAGAAGCAGCUGCGCAGGAACAGCUGCGCAGGAACAGCUGCGCAGGAACAGCUGCGCAGAAGCAGCUGCGCAGGAACAGCUGCGCAGAAGCAGCUGCGCAGAAACAGCUGCGCAGGAACAGUUGCGCAGGAACAGCUGCGCAGGAACAGCUGCGCAGGAACAGCUGCGCAGGAACAGCUGCGCAGGAACAGCUGCGCAGAAACAGCUGCGCAGGAACAGCUGCGCAGGAACGGCUGCGCAGAAACGGCUGCGCAGGAACGGCUGCGCAGGAACGGCUGCGCAGAAACGGCUGCGCAGAAACGGCUGCGCCGAAACGGCUGCGCCGAAACGGCUGCGCAGAAACGGCUGCGCAGAAACGGCUGCGCCGAAACGGCUGCGCCGAAACGGCUGCGCAGAAACAGCUGCGCAGAAACAGCUGCGCCGAAACAGCUGCGCCGAAACAGCUGCGCCGAAACAGCUGCGCCGAAACAGCUGCGCCGAAACAGCUGCGCAGGAACAGCUGCGCAGAAACAGCUGCGCAGAAGCAGCUGCGCAGAAGCAGCUGCGCAGAAAGAGCUGCGCAGAAGCAGCUGCUCCGAAGCAGCUGCGCAGAAACAGCUGCGCAGAAGCAGCUGCGCAGAAGCAGCUGCGCAGAAGCAGCUGCGCAGAAGCAGCUGCGCAGAAGCAGCUGCGCAGAAGCAGCUGCGCAGAAGCAGCUGCCCAGGAACAGCUGCGCAGGAACAGCUGCGCAGAAGCAGCUGCGCAGGAACAGCUGCGCAGGAGCAGCUGCGCAGAAGCAGCUGCGCAGGAACGGCUGCGCAGGAACGGCUGCGCAGGAACGGCUGCGCAGGAACGGCUGCGCAGGAACGGCUGCGCAUAAACGGCUGCGCAGGAACGGCUGCGCAGGAACGGCUGCUCAGGAACGGCUGCGCAGGAACGGCUGCGCAUGA